GGAAAUUGAUAAUUAUAGUUUUGUAUCACCUCAGCCGUGGAGCUCACCAUGCUCUAUUUGCAAUGAAAAACAUGGGAAUUAUGGAUUACAUGGCAAAUGGUAUAAAAAUGAAACAGAAUAUUGCCUUACCUGCAACAGUUUAAGCAAUGAACUCAA